AACCCAUCGUAUGUUUGUGGCCUUAGUGCUAUAGAGCCGCAAAAUUUCAAAACUUGGUUUUGUAACAUUAGCAGCUCGCUGAGAUAGAGGCGACCUUUGCUUUUAAAUCGUUGGUUCAUUGGUCGAUUGGAUCAAUACAUUUAAUUGGAACGUUACAGUUUGUUAGAGGCCAAUUGAGUCGCGAAUCUGUACGCAUCUCAUAGUGGGGGGGGGUUUGACCCUAAAGACAAUUCCAGCCAACUGAUCGAGUUGCACAUUACAGUUUAUUUAUCCCCUGGAAUAAACUUGUUACCUGUUUAUGUCGUGUUCACAGAUUGCAGUAGAGUGCACUAGAGAACGGUUUAGCCUCGUAUAUCCCCAUCCUAACGUUUUUUAUCAAUGCAGGUACAUAUGUUUUAGUCGAGGCAAUGCAUUUGCAAUAUAUCGAUGUAUUUUUGCUUCCUUGUUUGCAACUCUACUCAUCCUGGAUUAUGUAUGGAUAAUUCUACGUGAUCCGAAAUUUCCAGACUUUCUAUCCUGGUGUUUGGAUGCAUCUCAGUGGGCUUUAUUAGGCACAGCUGUAUGUUAUAUAAUAUUGGCAUGUAAUGCGGUGUGCAUAUCUAGACGAAAUGGGGAAUCAAACAACGAAACUACGAUUCCUUAUAAAUUUGUUUGGCUAUUAUAUACAUGCAGCGUGAAUUGCGUGUAUUCAACAAUGACACUGCAUUGGAUGUUUAGUGGUCAUCAAUCUUCCCUUGAACAAACAUUGAAACAUAGCAUACCUGGUUGUUUAAUAUUAAUGGAUUUAUUUUUAAACAGUAUCCCAUUAUAUAUAUGUCAUACAUUCUAUCCUGUAAUUGUACAUCUAAUCUAUUUGGCUGUUGCAACAUUAAGCCUGUAUUUAGCGUAUACAAUUGGUAAUCUGGAUAAAACUACACCGUUUCCUUCAAAUCCAACUGUAUUCAUUGGUGGACAUGCAUUGUUACCAAAUGGUUAUCAAGAUUUUUCAAAUAUACCACGUAUAUUUAUCGUUUUGUUAGGAGCUAUCUUUAUUGGUAUUAUGAUACAUUGUAUUCUAUUAACAUUAGUCAUCACUCGAGAUUUUCUUGCAAGUUUAUGUCAACAAAGUACUACUGUAUGGUAUGAUUCUAAUGAUGAUGUAGCAUAUUUAAUGGAUAACAGUACAACUACACUAGAUCUGUUAAGUCGACAGUCAUCAUCAUCAACUGGUGUACACAAUUUAAAUGAAAAACUAAAAUGAUAUCAUCAAUUGGAAAUAGAAAUUUCAUGGAAAUUAACUGAAGUUUGUAUAUUAAUCAACAAGGUUUACACUGCUAUUCAAUGCUCCUUUAUUAUUGCUGCUACUUAUCUAUGUUAGUGAAUUGAUAAUUUUAACCUGAUUAAACCUAUCCAUAAUACAUAUCAUUCAUGGCAAGACUAUAAUUUAUGGACAAACCAAUCAGAUAUAAGAUAAAAUGUCUUGGAUUUUGUCACGAAAUUCAUUCAUCCAUUUGGUUAAAGAGCGUUUUUGACAUUUUAGCUGAUGUCAGUUCGUGAUGAAAAUCAUGAAUCUAAUUCCUAACCCUUAAUCAUCAACAGUAAAUCUUAAUUCUAGUUCCUCACCAUAGUUUAUAACCCUCAUUUGGUCCUAGUUAGUAUAUGGACUUUCUCAAGAUCACUUUAGUGUCGCUCAAAGGUUGUCCAUAAAUUGUAUUCUCACCUGUAAAUCAAUUUAAUUAAAAUAUUUUAAUGAAUCUUCUUUUCAAGUACAUUUUAUCAUUUGUAUUAGGGUUUUUAUUUAUUUAUUUAUUGUAAAACAAUAAAACAGGAUCAAACCUCCAACAUGAAUUCAUUUUAUUAUCCUUUCGUUAUCUUUCUUAUAUUUUAUUGAUUUGUUUUUAAAAUUAACAACUGUUUGAACAUUGAACCAAAUAUUUAUCAAUGUGAUAUUCCCUCAUAUAUCGGAUCCAUUCAUUCAUCUCUAGUUGAUAAGAUUUUCUGAUUACAAUGAAACAUAAACUGACACUGAUGUACAGUUAUUUGCUAGAAAAUAGUAUGAUAUGGUAAACAUGAUUGAUGAUAUUUUAUGUUGAUUUACUCUUUUCAGUAAACAAUGAUACGUGUAUCAAUGAAUUAUUUCGCCACAUUUGUAUAUAUAUAUGUCUGUUGAUUCGUGUAGUAUUCCUGUUUUACAGUUCUAGCUAUUACAUAUAUGACUAUUUAUGUUAUGAAUUGAAAUUGAAUCGAGUAUAGUUUAGUAUUGCAGUUGUAUAAAUUUAUGGAAUUCAUGAUUAUUGUAAUACAUAAUUCAUUACAGCGAUAAAUGAUAUGCAAAAUUUUACUUUAGUACUGGUUUGCAUCAAUGCCUGAACUAAUGAUUGGAAGUGCAGUAGUUAAACAUGUAGACCACUUCACCUGUCUUGGAAAUCUCAACAGCCCGGAUGGGUUGGUGUCUGACGAGAUUUCAACACAAAUUCAAAAAGUCCCGUUGUCUUUUACCAAAUUACAUCAUUUGUGGCGUAGGUAAGCUAUUCGUCUACCAACUAAAGGAUAAGUGCACUAUACAGCAGUUGUUUUUUGUGGCUGCUAAGCCUGACCUCUUAAAAUAGGGGAUAUUCGUAGUUCACUAAGAAUCGGUCAUAGGUGUCUUUAGAGCAUCGCUCGCAUAUUUUAAGGCCAUCGAGUUAGCGAUUUUGUGGUUAAACACAGUAUACCAGGUAAAGACGGUUGAUCGGCUGACGAGGAUGUGAAUUUUUAUCGACUGAGACGGUCAGGACAUAUAAUACAUAUGCGCGGGCUCUAUCAGUCAGGCCACUAGCCUGAGUUACUAGACACUAUGUGUUCUAUGUUGAGAUGUUAGAUGGUUAAAGGUGAAUCAGCAGAGAAUCGCUGACUUAAACAUCGUAAUAGCUGACGCUAGUCGUCAAGUUAUACCUGGAAACUUGAGGGGACUGUGAGAUUCGAAUCCUCAUCACUCAGCUUCACAGUAGGAGUUGCUACCACUGAACUAUUUAGACUCCGAUCAACUUCAACUGUAAAUAUACCAGCACUAAACAACGAUAAACAUAACAAUAGUCACUACUCACUGACCAGUCAGAUACAUAUGAAAUGAAUUGAGUUUAUUUCAUCUCAUUAAAUUAUAAGAUUAUUGAAAAGUUGAAUUUCAUUUCAAAUAACUAUUUCCUAAAGUUGAUAAUAUCUCUCACAAGGACAAAUUCAAUACAUGUUUUGUAUAAAAUAAAAUAGAGUUCUACUUUCCGAAAUGCACACGUUUUCUUUCCUUUCAAUCAAUAUGAAUCACUACAAAUUCAAAACAGAAGAAUAUUUAUAUUCUAACCUUUUUUGAAAAAAAAUUGUAUAUUUCAAUAGUUAAAAUCAUCAUUCAGUUGAAGCUAGACCACCAUGGAGAACCUGGAAGCACUGGACGUCCGUUUCGUCCUAAUGUGGGACUCCUCAGUAGUGCACACCGACGAUCCGCCCCUCGCCGCGAGAUUCGAGUGAGAAACCGUUACCAGUGGAGUUGAACCAGGUCUAUUGUGAGAUAUCAGCUCACUGAAGGCAAUGGUGUACGGUGGCGUAAUUUCGUGGAUUUGUUGAAGUUAAACAUUAGUACCGUCGGAUACCGGCUCAGUGGUCUAGUGGUUAAGCGCUCACGCUCGAAAUUGAUAGGUCCUGGGUUCUAAUCUCGCGAGGCGAGAUCGUGGAUGUGCACUUCUGAGCAAUCUCACAGUAGGACGAAAUGGACAUCCAUAAUUUAUUCAUUUAUUUGAACACAUAAAUAUUGGAACAAGAGAGCGCUUAUAUAUAUGCGCCACACAAAGCAAUGAGAAAUCGAAGAAAAAAAAGGUAAGGAGCGCAAGAAAAAAAAGUGAAUAACGAAGAGAUUGGUGUAAGGUAGUGUGGUAGUAACGAGGGAACGGAAAGGUACAAUCGGAAGCAAACCUUUCAGGUAAGGAAGACACAACCACUUUUUAUGAAGAAAGUAAAAGAAGGUUACAGCAGGAUCGCCACUGGCUUCUAUUCUGAGCCAUAUCUGAUAACGUCUCUAGCCACUGUGUUGCACCAUCUCUCGGACCCCAACUGGGGAGCCGUGAAGGGCCGACAGUAGCCAGUCCUUUGCAGCUUUCUUUCAUACCACGACACCAUGUCAUGUUAUGGAAACUACUUUACUUGCUUCAACUAACAAUCAAACGGACAUCCAGUGCUUCCAGGUUUCCCCUGGUGAUCUAGCUUCAUUUAACUCAUAAUUUCAACUAUUGAAAUUACUAAAAUCUUCACAAAAUCCCUUCUUACUGUAUAUUUGUUUAGAUUAUAUAGAUAAUGUAAAAGAAUACUCGUUUAAAUUAUUUUAAUUCUUAAUGUGCUACACUUGUGAAUUGAUCACGUUUUUAUGUAAUAGAUUCUAAAGUACAAAUUGUUUAGGUCCCAAAUGUAUUUUCUUUUCAUAUUACACUGAUUUUUAUUUGUAACUACGACUAAUGUAAAACAAGUUGGAGUAGACAAUAAAAUUAUUUUAUAAAUAUUAUUAGUAGGGAUUUGUAUCGUUCAGCUGACGAUACUCCGAACUGGUUUUUUCGAUAAGUCUUAAUUGAAAUGACGUAUACUGAUGUGUGGGCGAGAAUGAUAAUGAUUGGUUGUCUGCUUAGUCAGACAUGUAAGUAGUCUGACAAAUGUCAGAUGAGUUAUAUAUUCCUCUAUUCUUAUCAUCAUUGAUUGUUCAUUGUUGUUGGAUUGUGUCGGAUUUUGGUGUGGGAAUAUAUUUACGUUGUGGUCAGGCUAAUCACGUGUUCUUGAUCUGAGUUAUGUUGAAGUCCUGUAGAACAAACACUGGGAAGGGAAUCUAGUGUAGAUAUUCGUUUAAGGUAAAUUAACGUCCCAUACUUGUAAACGUGGAAAACCAACCGUUAUAAUAUAUACAUAGUUCCCUUUACUAUCUUAAAUAGAGCAAGAACGAAGAUUGAUGCAGAAUAAUAUAAAUUCAUUCUGCAAUAAUCUUCGUUCUUGUUCUCUUUAAUUGAAAUAUUUGAGUGGAUAAACCAUUUUUGAACAAAUUAGCCGCUCAUUGGUACUAGGUUCAAAUUUCAGUGUGGAAAUCAAUAAUCAAUUUUGGGUACAUCAAAUUAAUAAGUCUCAGGCAAGACAAAACACACGUUCUACAUUCCAUUGAUAAAUAAAUGGAAAUAAAGUAUGAUUAAAAUAUAUUUAACCAUUCGGUAAACUUUAAAAAUCAACACAGUUGUCGAUGUUACUUAUUAAAUUCCGAUUCAUCAUGAUGACUAAUACAGACAGAAAUUCAGUAAUGUCUGCAUGAGAAUUUUGCUGAACCAUUCGAUAAGUGUUCUUCGUAUUGUUUUAAUGCUAUUUCCAAAUGGUUAGCAGUUUCAAAAAAUCUUCCAAAGAUUCUAGCGUUUUUUUAGCGAGUUCAUUUCUUACGUAACGGAGUCGCUAACCCCAUGUCCAACCCUCCUCCUUUAUCGGGGCUUGGGACUGGCAGUAGCCCCAGAGGGGCUCUAGGCGGAGUUUUCAAAGAUUCUAGGAAAGUAAUUAACCAUUUUGAGAUUAAACAUAUUAGAUCUCUUCUAUAUUAUCAUCAUCAUACAAUUAAUAGCACAUGGGAACGUUUUGUUGAUCCUCGGAAAGGGAAGAAGUAAUUAAUGAACAAGAUACGAAGUAUUCUAAAACUUUUAUCUAGAUUAUCGGACAAUACUGAGUUUAUUAUCUAUGGGAAACAUACUGAUUGAAAAAUUCCCUUGAUCUCACAAUUUGCUGUCAGAAUCCUGUGAAGAAAUAAUAAGGAAAAUCUGAUAUUUUCUUGAUUAUAGGUUGUUGAGUUUAUGUGUUUCACAUUCCAGUGGAAAUAAUUUUAGGCAAAUCAAUAAAUGAAGCACUAAUUCGGCAAAAAUCUGUUUUUUUUUAUCGGCCUACAGAGACCUUGUAAAGUAUUACGCUGGGGACAGAAUUUAAGUAAAUCCUCUUAAGGAGGUAUACCUCCUACAUCUACACCUACAUUCGCUCGUAUAAAAUGUCAAGAGUCAAGCACAUGACUCACCAAUCAUUAUUAUUUAGUGCUAGCAUACCAAACUU